AUGGCUUUAAUAAUCACCCUUCAUGGUGUUAUACCACUCGCUUUGAGUAUUUUGCUAUUCAUUUCCCAUGCUUCUGCACAUUAUAAAGAAUCUCCUGUUAAGCACACAUAUGCACAACCUCCCUCUCAUCACGCCGAACAUAAUGAUACUACUAACUUGCCAACCUAUACGUCAACCUACACCUCAUCCUACACCCCAUCACACACCCCAUCUAUAAGUGUAAGUCACAGUGCUCCCUCUUCAAUAUAUAUUCGCACGUCAACGAAACGCUCAUAUACCACCAUACUGACAAUGAUACCACAGACACCAUCACCUAAAGCGAAAACUCCUUGUCCGUCAGUCAACCCACCAAAGCCUACCACCAAAUCUCCUUCCACGCCAGGUCUACCUCAUCACACACCACCAGCCCAUCACUCCAAGCCAUCAUGUAAGAAGGAAAAAUGUACAAAAAAACAUGCGAAGCUUCCAAACCCAACAACACGCACCUUGACACUUUCUACAAAAGAGGCUCAUUAUUACAAUUCCACAACUACGAGCCAACCUACUCUUGCCACAAACACGAGCCAAACUGCUCCUGACACAACUACGAGCCAACCUACUCCUGCCACAAUUACGAGUCCACCUACUCCUGAGUUGACCUUAUCAACGGUAACUCUUACAACAACGGCAAUUGUUACCACAUGCCCUCCUAGCAAGCCUUGCUACGGGAAAGUGACAACAGUCACUGUAUCUACAUACACCACUUACUGUCCUAUCACUCCCACACCUAUUGCCCCUCCAAGCCCUCCGGUUUACCCACCUCCUGGAGAACAGCCACCAGUGCACACUUAUGAAGCACCUCCUCCUGGUCUCCCAGUUGCCCCUCCACCAUCUCACGAGACCCCACCACCUCCUACAGAAUACGCUCCUCCUCCGGCACCUCCAGCCGAGAUCCCUCCAUCUCACGAGACUCCACCGCCUACAGAAUACGCUCCUCCGGCACCUCCAGCUGAAAUCCCUCCAUCUCACGAGACUCCACCAUUUCAUGAUACCCCACCACCUCCUACAGAAUACGCGCCUCCUCCAGCACCUCCAGCCGAGGUCCCUCCACCAUCUCCUGAGACUCCACCGCCUCCUACAGAAUACGCGCCUCCUCCAGCACCUCCAGCCGAGGUCCCUCCACCAUCUCCUGAGACUCCACCGCCUCCUACAGAAUACGCGCCUCCUCCAGCACCUCCAGCCGAGGUCCCUCCACCAUCUCUUGAAUCUCCACCGCCUCCUACAGAAUAUGCUCCUCCUCCGGCACCUCCAGCCGAGAUCCCUCCAUCUCACGAGACCCCACCGCCUACAGAAUACGCUCCUCCUCCAGAACCUCCAGCCGAGGUCCCUCCACCAUCUCAUGAGACUCCACCGCCUCCUACAGAAUACGCUCCUCCUCCAGCACCUCCAGCCGAGGCCCCUCCAUCUCACGAGACCCCACCGCCUACAGAACACGCUCCUCCGGCACCUCCAGCCGAGAUCCCUCCAUCUCACGAGACCCCACCACCUCCUACAGAAUACACUCCGGCACCUCCAGCCGAGACUCCACCAUCUCAUGAGACCCCACCACCUCCUACAGAAUACGCACCUUCAACACCACCGGCCGAGAUCCCUCCACUACCACCACAGGAAACACCUUCAAUUCCACCUGUUGGGACACCAACUCCUACUCCUACUCCCAGGGUACCUGUUACACCACCAACAACAUACUCGCCUCCUCCAGCUCCUCCAGCUACCACGCCUGCUGUAGUCAGCACUAGCGACGGUGCACGUCGUUCCAGCAGCUUGGCUGGUACGAUUUUCGUUUCCGGUAUGGCUAUCGUAGCUUUCAUUCUUCAAGGCUGA